AUGCUACAAAAAAGAAAUGCUGAGCGUAUACCAGCAGCCACAAGGCACAACACUAACUGGGCUGUUCGUGCUUGGCAAGAGUGGGCACAAAUACGAAAUAGCGAAGGCACAAGAAGCAGCCAAGAUUUGUACGGGUUUGUUGAACCGGACAUUGUAAAUUUGAACAACAACAAUGAACUUAAUUACUGGCUCGCAAAAUUUGUAGUGGAAAUACGAAACAAAAACCUUGGUGAACCAUACCCUCCAAACACGUUGUACCAAUUGUGCUGUGGCAUACAACGUCACUUUAGAGAGAAUGGCCGACCAGAGUUAAAUUUAUUUGACAACCCGUGCUUCAAAACGUUUCAAGAUUCGUUAGACGCCGAGAUGAAAAGGUUGACUGGCCAAGGCUACGGUGUUAACGUUAGAGAAGCACAGGCGUUUACAGAAGAGCAAGAAAACAAAUUAUGGGAUAUGAAAUUACUCGGUGGCCAGUCUCCCCAAGUGCUUCUUGAUACGAUGAUUUUUUUGAUUGGGAGGAGUUUUGCAUUACGAAGUGGAAAAGAGCACAGAAAUCUACGAUUUGAACAAUUUACAUUAAUUGAAGCUAAUGAAACGGAACCCGAGAAACUUGUGUUUAAUUCGUUUGGUGAGAAGAACAACCAAGGUGGUCUGAAACAUAGGUCAAUGAAGAGAAAGAGAAUUGAACAUUACAGCAACUCCGAUGUGCCACAAAGAUGCUUGGUCAGUUUAUAUAAAACGUACGUUGCAAAAUGUCCCACGGAUGUUUCAGGAUGUUUCUACCUAGCUCCGAAACGGAAGAUUAACACGGAGGAUAAAGAAUGGUUUACACGCAAUCCAGUGGGACAUAACGUGUUAGGCAACACAGUUCGUAGAUUGUGCCAAACUGCGGGUAUUGAAGGUCAUUUCACAAACCAUAGUUUAAGGGCAACGACAGCAACAAGAGGUCUUAUAAGAGGUGUACCAGAAAAGUUUAUCAUGGAGAGGACUGGACAUCGGGAUGUAAGGUCGUUGCAGAAAUACGAAAGACCAGAUAUUUAAACAAAAAUCGCAAUUUCCAAAUCUAUGGAUUGUGGCGUCAGAACAGGCGAGAAAACGAAAGUGAAUAGUAUGAAUGAAGACCGAGUGCAGGAUGUUCUUUUGAAGAGGAAUACUACAGAGCAAGAGGAGCAGCUUGAAGAUAUGGAAAGAAAGAAGGCACGGAUGGAAAACGGGGAGAGAAGUUGUUUUGAUAAGUGUAUUUUUAACUUUUUUUGA